AUGGCUCACAACAACACGAUCCCCAACACGAUCCCAGCCUGGUGUCUCCACCCCACACGGAAGAUGCAGCAACAGCAGCUACAGAAACAACAGCAGCACGAAGCGAAUCAUCACCAGCAGCAGCAACAACUGCAGCAACAACAGCAGCAACACCUGCAGCAGCAGCAGCAGCAGCAGCAGCAGCAACAACUCAACGAUCUAUAA